AUGCAGAAGUAUCUGCUCGUGCUAUGUUGCUUCAGCCUGGUCACACAAGGGGCGUCCCACUGUACGGCUGAACUCCUGCGCGUGGACACCUCUGGCAACUAUUUCCGCUUGGUGGAGGACGAGCAGCAAACCACGUGCGCGAAACUUACGGAUGGAGCCUGUAAACUUGCAGUGCCCGCUCCCGGCUAUCCAUGCCUGGUGAGCUGCGUGUCGUCAGAAGAAGAAUGCGCGAAGCUAAAUCCUCAAGCACCUUCAAUCAACCCGUGGGAAGACGACAAGCUGUGCACCAGCUGCCCUGUAACGGCUUGCAAGUCUUGCCAUUAUCCUGAGCGAGAUGGCGUUGUUCAAUGCCUGGCUUGCUUUGAUGGGUUCGAGCUUCUGGAACGAAGGGAUGGCACACAUGAGUGCGUUGUUGUGGGGCAGGGCGCAGUUGUCAUCACGGCCUAUGUUCUGAUGUUUGUCAUCACGAUCAUUGUAGUGCUUGUCAUGGUCGGUACCUGCUACGUCGCAGCAGCAGAGAGCUGGAGGAGCAAGGGCAAAGCCAAUGCGACAGUUGCAGAUUUGGGAGCACCCUUGAUGCAGAGCGCAAGUCAGAUCGAUGAGACCGCAAUACAGGAAUUGGACGCGAAGGAGGCCAAACUGCGCAACGCAAAUGCGAUUUCGCAUGGCUUCAAGACCAGUAUCCAGGCCUCCAUCAAGUUCAAUUCGCUUCAGAGGGCCAAGCGAAGGGACGAAAACAAGAUACGAAGGUUUCUUCGCGCGGCUUUUGACAAACAGGAUGACCUGGGAAUCGGGCUGCAGCUGUUUUACAACACGCAGAUCUUCCUGAUAUUUUUCAGCCUUCUUGGGCUGGCAAUGUCCUAUCUGCUCACUCCCGCAGCUACCCCAGGAGACUCGCUGGUUGCCAUUGCGAACACGGCGAGCUCGACGUGCCCCGCUUCGGCUGCAGAGCUCAGGCAUCUCGAGAGCCGUCUCGUCGGCCGUGAGUACGAGCGCGCGAAGAUGGGCCAAGUGUUCGGUGUCCUUUUCUGGAUGGCCAGUGUGAUUUUGGCAUGGGCUUUCCACUAUUAUCAAAAGCUGUUCCAGAAGUCUUUCGAUUCCUAUCACCAGACGGAAGACGACUACACCUUAAUGCUGGAGGGUGUUCCCAAAAAUGUUACUUCCGAGAAGCAGCUGCAUCAGCAAUUGGAAAAGGAGCUGAGUAUGGAAGGCAGAAUCUAUGGUGUUUGCAUCCUCUACGACUUGCUCCACUUACCAUCAGAGACACAGGAAAAAUUGGAGGAUAUGCUGGAGCACAUCAUUGAGCUCGAUGACUUACGGACCGGUUGGGCUCAUGCCACCGUGUCUGCGCCAGAGGAGAACCUGAUCCAUUUUAUCAAGGAGGAUGAGCAAGAAUUCCGGGAAAUCAUGCGAAACGAGAUUCGCUGCUGCGGCCGGGCGUACGUCGUCUUCCAGACGCAGUCUGCCAUGCUCCGAGUUCUCCGCGAGAGGAGUGGGAUCCGGAAGCAGAUCCUGGAUCCUUCUUCUACAUCGGACGAGCUCGAGAUGGUCCGAAUCGUGAACCGGGGCGAUCAGCCCGCCGGCCUGCGCUACGAGAAGGCGGAGCUGACGGGCCCCGAACGGGCCUGGACGCUGUCCGUCUUGCCCGCACGCCAGUUCGUCUACAUUUUGAUAUAUGUUGUGUCUGCGCAGCUUUUCUUCUACUUUAUGCAGAAACCCUGGCACGACUGCGCAAUGGAAGCUUCAAGCGGUGCAGCGGGAGUCCAACUCGCCAGCAAGGGAGUGCUGCUUGUCAACUUCGCGAUACAGACGGCAGUGGCGUUUGAUGUUGAAGCUUGCGAUUUCAUUCGGGUUUCGAAAGUCGACGAGAUCACCUUCAUCUGGAACACUCUUCUCAUGGUAAUCACUUUGCUUUACAUCGUGUACCAAGAAUGUGAUAAAGUUGGGAUGCGCCCAACAAUCCUUCCGCCUGAAGAAGAGUAUUCCGCAGCAUGGUGGGAAUGGCGACGAGGUUUGCUGCUCGCGGCCUUGGCAGAGAUUCGAGCCUACGAUGCCCUGUUGUCGGUUUUCACCGAGCAGACCAUCAUGCUCUAUGUUCUGGGCGAGGUGGGCAACGUCCUUGCGCCCGUGCUGUUCUUCUGGUUGGCGUUGCGGGCGGUGUUCAUCUCAAACAUUGGCGGAACGCCCACGUCGCGAAUUCAGAGACUCUUGCGGGUCGUACUCCCGAAGACUAGAAGCCCAUCGGUGCUUUCGCACAGAGAAGCCGAAAAGGCACAGGUGCUUGUGCCGCUGCUGCUGUGGAUGGAGUAUACCUAUGUGAUUCUAUUUCCGGCCAUUGCUCUCACGUCGGUCUACUUCGUCGAUCACAGUAUGAAAGUCUGGCAGGCACUGCUGUGCUUUAGCCUGCUAUUCUUCCUCUGGCAGCGCUAUGUCAUGCUGUGGCUGUAUGGAAAGUCCCAAUUCGAUUCAGACGGCACCUACUUCUCAUUCAUCAUUGUGUGGGGCUUCGUGUUGUCCCAGUGCGCUGCUUCCUUUGCGGUGUGGGCCUACCGAUUACAAGAGAUCACGGAAUGGCCCUUUGCCAUCCUGAUCUUCGUUCUCAUCUUCUUCCUAACUUUCUUCAUCUACUUGGCCGGGAUCCUCUACAUUGAGUGGUCCUUCAGCAAAGCAGGAAAGGAUGUCGAUAACAUGGACGGCACAGAUCCUGGCUACGGCCAGAUCAUGGAAGAUACGGGGAUUUCCUGGUGGAACGUGAAUCCCAUUUAUGUGCUCAAACAUCGUCUUUGUCCGCAAGAGCGCGGCUACGAAGUGCACGAUGAGACAGUGGCCUGCUGGCCGAGCUGGUCGAAUCAAGGCUUCUUCGAAAAGGGCAAGGAGGCAAGGCAUCGAAAGCGGGACAGUUGGAGAGAUCAGGCCGCGCGUGACGAGCCAGCAGCCGUGGCUGUGGUAGAGGCCACGAAAGGAGCAAGCGUCAACGGAGCAGGAGGAGCAAACGGCGAGCAGAGCACGAAGAGCUCCCCCCCGGAUCGGCUCCUAACUAGUGCAGCACGCACGAUUCCUGUGGGCCUACCGAUGGCCACCCCGGCAUUGUCAGGAGGCCUUCGACCCAUGAACCAGCUCUACACCGCUCCCUACCAUUAUGUCGUAAAUGCAAGGGGCGAGAGGGUCCGCGUGGAUGGCCAGAGAUACCCAACCGCUACGACCGCAGGUGCCCUUGCUGCCCGUGCCUCCCCUGCCUCACCCACCACAAGCUCCGGAAGAACGUUACCUCCGCUAAAUGCCGGGUCUGUGGUGCUGCCGGCUCCGGCCUACCCUGCGCAAGCCCAAGCAUCUCCUUCACGACGGCCCUGA